CGGACUGACAACACAUGGGGCCCCCGGGCAAUAGGGGAUCAUGGGGCCCGUGUCCUUGCCCACACCCAAAAAAGCUUAUAAAAAGGUACCAUGGGCAUUUCAUGGGGCCCCCUACUGACCCCGGCCCUCGGGCAGUGCCCGAGUGCUCAAAUGGUCAGUCCGCCCCUGAAUAAAACAUGGAAGCUGAUUGGUUUCUCUGCAGAAAAGCAACACAUUUUGCAGUUGCCAGUUUUAGUAAAUCAACCCCAAUAUUUAUAUUAGUGAAUUCUGGUGUUAUUCAUUUUGAAU